AUGGAUAUAAAGACCUUGCUCGACAAUCUUCAUGAUGAAGUAUCCUGUUCCGUGUGUAUGUGUCCAUUCACUGAUCCAAAGCAGUUGCCUUGUUUGCACAAUUUCUGUCUUCACUGCUUGAACGAAAUUCAACGAACAAGCGGCGUCCGUGGUAAAAUUACAUGCCCCGAGUGUAGGAGACAGUUUCAGAUUUCUGGAAGUGGAAAUCCCAGCGAACUUCCAACCAAUUUUCGAAUAAACAGCCUGCUAGAUGUCUUGGCGAUAAAAGAGUGUAGUACAGCUAACGUGAAGUGUGGAAACUGCGAUAAAAGGAGUUCUCAGACCUCCUAUUGCUUCCAGUGUUGUUCUUUCUGGUGCGAGAAAUGCAUUUUAGGACAUGACAUAAUGCGUGCUAACAAUAAACACAGAACGCUAGCACUGAAAGAUUUUCAAGAUCAAGACAUCAAGGCUGUAUUAGAGCGACCAGCAUUUUGUCAGAAGAAACACCAUGAAAAAGAAGAGUUGAAGUUCUUUUGCAAGGGCUGUAAAGUCGCCAUUUGUAGCACUUGUGCUGUAACACUUCAUGAAGGUCAUGGUAAGAUGCCUUUGCAAGAAGCUACUGAUGAGGGCAAAACACAGAUUAACUCCAUGAUAAAAUCUUUAAAAGACAAAGUACUGGAAAAACAAAAGGAAGUCGAACAAUUCAACCAAAAAAGCAUCGCAUUUCAAUCAAAAGUAGCCGAGGUAAAAAGCCAAGUGCAGUCUUUUGUAGACCAAACUAUUGCAAUCAUCGAAGCGAAAAAACAAGAUGUUUUUGAUGUGAUUGAUAAUCAAGCGACAAAAUCACUGGAAUCUCUCUUACAAAAAAAAGGCGAAGUGGAAAAACAAGUGAAAUUAAUUGAAUCAGCAAUUGAACAAUCUGAAACUCUGUUAAAACGAGGUUUUAGUUCUGAAAUCAAGGGAUUCCCUGAAACAUUUGAUUCAAUCCUGCAGGAACAAGGCACCCAAGGAAACCGCGACACAAAAUGUAGUCCUUGGUUUAGUUUCACUAAAAGUGAAAAACUGAUUAACCUGUUGAACAUGAGCGAGGGGAUAGGUAAAGUAGAGUUUGUUUUUAGCGAAACUGAAACGCAACAAUCAGGAACUAAAGGUAAAGUAAGUAAUAAAGUAGUUGCUGGGAAUAAAGGGGCAAAUUUUUGUGAAAGUCCUUUUGAGGCUCAAGUAAAAACCAGGCGCUUCAGAUCUGUGCUGUCAUUUGGACAAAAAGGUGAGUCUGUUGGAGUGCUUAACGUUCCCUAUGGGGUGGCAGUGAAUGAUCAGGAUGAAAUUGCUGUGACUGAGCUCGGUAAUAACAGGGUUUCAGUGUUUAGUAGUGACGGUACCCACUUAAGAUCCUUUGGUAGGAAGGGUCAGAAUAAUGGUGAGUUCCAGGGCCCUAAAGGGAUCGCUUUUGAUAGUCAUGGCAAUAUUGUAGUGGCAGACUGUUAUAACCACAGGGUGCAAGUCUUUGAUCGGAAUGGCAAAUUUCUUAGUAUGUUUGGUGAACAAGGAAGUCGUGAGAAUCAGCUUGAAUCCCCUCAUGGUUUAUCAAUAAACGGCAACGGUGAUAUUAUUGUUGCUGAUAAAGGUAACAAAUUAAUCAAGAUAUUCUCUUCUAGUGGGGAGUAUUCACGUAAAUUUGGCGGAGCAGGUUCUUUGGUCUCUCCCAUUCACUGUAUUCAACACGGUCAAUAUUUUAUAGUCUCAGAUCGUGGUAAUCAUUCCAUUAAAAUGUUUAAUCUGGAGGGAAACUUUAUUUCUAAAUUUGGAAAACGGGGAAUCAAGGAUGGAGAAUUCAACGAGCCGCGUUACUUGUCAGUUAACAAAGAAGGAUUGCUUAUAGUCUGUGAUGAAAAUAAUCACAGGGUUCAGGUACUUGAUCUGAGUGGAAAGUGUGUUACAAACUUUGGAAGUGAAGGUAGCGGGAGAGGAGAGUUUAAGUGGCCAGUGUCUACAGCAACUCUUAGUGAUGGAAGGAUAGUUGUGUGUGAUAAGGAUAACCGAAUCCAGGUUUUUGACCAGUUAUAAAAUGAUUUUUCUAGUGGUUUUAAUUUUGAAACGUUCAAAUUGCCUUCUUUAUGUAGAAAAAGAAACUGUAACUUUGCGAACAACAUACUGAGUUCGUGAGGUAUUUGUCACUGUUGACUUUAAUAAUAGCUGAUAAAUGACAUUCAACUUGUAAAUAUAUUUUGUAAUCCUUUUUCAAUUCUAUUGUAGUCUCAUUUAAUGCCGAUUGUAGUUUAAUAAGGUUGUUCAAUUUUUUGGUAUCAAAAUUGUUUUGUAUAUUGCACACCUUUUCAUUUUCUUUCCAGCAGUUGCUAGUUGUUAGCUAGUGUAUUUUUGGAGGUAUUUUUCCCGCGCCCUCAUGAUCAUCUCAAGUACCUUUUUUUUUUUCUCGUCAGGAUCUUCAGGUCCGUUAAAUUAUAACAUAUAUAUUUACCGAAUUGUAUAGCGUUUUGUUGAAAAUGCAUUAAAGGAUAAUCAAAUAUGAAGUAUGUUUUUUUUCUUUAGCACGCUUGUACUAAUUCAGGACACUAUUUUUACGUCUCUUCUCGGAGAAUGGACCAUCAUUGCUAUGUCCAGUGAUCAUCUGAGCCACGUAUAGGUCUACUGAGCAGUUUGUAGGACAAGGCAACAGUGUAGUCGAACCCCUCUUUAAUCAAAAAACGGAAAAAUCAUCUCUUUGCCGAUUUUUUCACCUGAUUUUACUGACAUUAAAUGGCCAGAUUUGGUUGGUUUUUUUGAUGAAAAGUGGAUUUUUGUCAAAUCGCUUGGUACUUUUGCUUGAAGACAAACUCAUAGUACUUUUGCUUGAAGACACCUCAUUUUUUGUCCCCGGGGAAAAAAAAAGCCCUUACACAGUUUUCUCUUAAUUUAACCCGCUUAAUAUGGACACUUUCGUCUCAUUCCAAUCUUUUUUCAACAAGACUAUCGACAGCCACUGUUUGGACCUACAAAAGCAAAUUUACCGUUUGCUUUCUACAUAGUUUCCAUUUCGACCCAAAGGAUUUCUAGAUAAAACAGGGCGUGGCUGGUCACGUGAUGCAGUUAUAAACAAUUUUUCAAAUGAACUUUGAAGAUUUCUUAGUUAUAAUUAGCCUUAAUUUAUUAGACCUGGGAUACCUUAAAAUUCCGAAAAUAAGAACUGGAGCUUAUAUUUUAUAAUCGAUUGGGCUAGUCUUAUUGUUGGAAGUAAAUUAACCAUUUUUGCUUUGUUUUACUUUGUUUUUGAGGGCAAUUUUCCUAGUACGACCCCCGGGAGGCUUAUAUUUGGAGGGGCGCCUUAACGGAGGGUUUUUUGCGUCACCGGAUUGGGGGGCUUAUAUUUGAAGGGGCUUAUACAUGGAAGGGCUUAUUUUCGAAAUUUUACGGUAUCAUAAAAAAAGAAAAGUUACAUGUGACCACUUCCCUUCAAAAUUCUGAGGAAUUUGUAAAGAACCAAGCCUUAAUCAAUUUGAGCCGUCAGGUGCUUUGAGAUUGGUCAAAAUUUGCUAAAUGAUGUACACGUGGACAUGUGCUCUAUCCUCGCCGAUAUUACUAAUUACCAUCUUAAUAGCUAGAAUUGAAAGCCUAAAAGGUCCAGAGAGAAUAAUAUGCAUGGGUCCAUAUGGACCCAAAACGACCAAAGCAGACGACAAAGAGUUUUAUUAAGCAAUAGACCACACUUUCUAUGGACUUACCGGCGUGAUAAUCCCCUCGACUCGUGAUUUACAAGGUUAUUGAGUGUUCUCCCAACAUCCCGCGUGGGUUAUCACGCCGGUAAACCCAUAGAAAGCGUGGUCUAUUGCUUUUAAAAAAUUACUUUAAGUUUUCUUUGAGUUUACCGGCACAAUAAACCAUAGGAUUUUAACCAAUCAGAACGCGCGUGCUAUCUUCGUUAUUCUAUAAAGGUAGAUAUCUGUUAAAACACUUCACUUCAGGGCAUGUGCUACAAGCUGUACGCAAGUGAAACCUGCGUAGCAAGUGGAUGAAGGGGAGGGGAGAAAAAGAACAUGGGAGCAGAUAAGGUUAUCUCCCCUCUCCUUUCCUCUUGUCCUUAUCUUAUCUUAUCUGUUAGCAAUAUAGGGUUCCUCAUUGCAGGAGUCUCCUUAAUCCCCUCUAUAAUCCCCUCCCCUCCCCUCUCCUCUUGUCCUUAACUUAUCUUCAGUCUGUUUAGCAAUAUAGGGUUCCUCAUUUAAUCCCCUCCCCUUCUCUCUACCCGUCCCCUUUUUAUGUUCUCCACACAGGUUAACCCUAUGGUAUCCUUGAGCAAUGGUUACUUGUCAGGUUAUCGUUUCACCUUAACUCUUCCAUUUCUAGUUCUCUAUUUUUGUUUGAAGGUAUCCAUAUAGGUCGUAUAGAUCGAGGGUCUAAUCGGUCGUCGCUUACAAUACCUUGGGCCUUUGUCGUCCAAUAGUUAGAGACGAGCUGUAAUGAAUUUUUAAAAUUAUUAUUUAUAAAUGAUGAGCGAUUUUGUGUAGGACUCCUCUAAGGUUCCAUCAUGGCUGAGUGUUCAUUGCAGUUUAGUUCCAGACUUCGUUGUUACAGAUCCAAAGGUACAAGCUUAA